AUGCCCAGAGUGACCCCGGUUGGUGCACACAUAGUUUACACUGUGUGGUCAGACAGAUUCUUGGCUCCGGGGCCGCGGUCCAGCCAGAGGCCUCAGCAGCAGCCGCCGCCCGGGGCACAGCGCUCCCCGACGCACAGCGCUCCCCGACGCAAACAGGGAGAGGAUAAACACACCGAGUGGCUCGCAGCCGCAUCCAUUAUGAACAAGCCCCGCGUUGUGACAGCUCUGCGUUAUGCAAAAAUCAUUCCACUUUGUCAACACGAGCGCUGCGACUUUACAGUGAGAUUGAGCGUCCCAUCUCCAGACUACAAAGUGAUGGAUAAUAGCCCAAAAGUCACUGUGUCGCCGCCGUCGCCAGCAGAGGAUGUUUUAUCUGGUUUCAAAGUCAAACUGUCAAUCGAUCAGCGCUGGAGCCACAUGCACGGGGGCCACAUGCACGGGGCUGGGGGCUGUGUGGGCGUGCCUGUGCCUCCUCUGGGGCUACAAGCGGCCCAGUACGAGCGGCCCAGUGCGAGCGGCCCAGUGCGAGCGGCCCAGUACGAGCGGCCCAGUACGAGCGGCCCAGUACGAGCGGCCCAGUACGAGCGGCCCAGUACGAGCGGCCCAGUACGAGCGGCCCAGUACGAGCGGCCCAGUACGAGCGGCCCAGUACAAGCGGCCCAGUACGAGCGGCCCAGUACAAGCGGCCCAGUACGAGCGGCCCAGUACAAGCGGCCCAGUACGAGCGGCCCAGUACAAGCGGCCCAGUACGAGCGGCCCAGUACAAGCGGCCCAGUACGAGCGGCCCAGUACAAGCGGCCCAGGCCUGCACAGCAACAAUGA